AUGCUUUUCUCCAUCAUUCGCUUUACUCUGUUACAUUCUGGUGAACGUCGGAGUAGCAAUUUUGGGUCUGGUUUCAAGAAUGUUAUACCCAUUAAUGACAGGCACUUAGCAACAUGUUUGAUAGCCCCAGUUAUGCAGUGGCACUUUGGUGAGAAUGGGGGUUUGAUGUUCCCUAAUACAAGAGCACUUACUCCUAAUCAAAGCUUAACAUGA